AUGGGAGGCACUCCGUCUUCGUCGUCGUCGCACAGGCUUACGUACCAUUUGAGGUUUCUGAAUAAAGGUGUCAUAAUUGGAGACGGGUUUGAUGGAAGGAGAUCAAACAAAUGGACAUUAAGAAGUAUUGACAAGAUCGAUUCACAACGAUUACAUGGGGGUUCAAGUACAUACGAUGACCCACUACCAAAUUCCAUUCACAAUUCUCCUUUAGUUCUGAACAACAUUCCGGUGAUCACAGUUUCACUGUCGAUCAUCUUUUAUGAUCGGGUUGCUGUUCAUAUUUUCAUUAGGCUGACUUGUGUCACACUCCUCCGUAGGAUUGUGGUCAGAUUUUCGUUCCUCUUUUUAUCGAUGGUGGUGGCAGUCGUAGUGGAGGGUGUCUCACGUGCAACACAUGGAGCGGCUGGAGGGAUUUAUGUCUUUUGGCUCACUCCCUAUCUGGUAUUUGUGGGCAUCGCCAAUGCCAUUGGAGUAAUUGGCCAAAUGAAUUUUUUUCAUGAAGAAUGCCCGGAAAGUAUGGGUACACAUUCGAUAUCCAUGGUAUAUUUAAGCCAAGCAAUGGCUCUAUGCUUCAGUAUCGGAUUACUCGAAGCUUGCGACCGCUAG